UAUGGCUCACAUGCAAGAGAGACUAUUGCAGCUAAUUUCUAAAGAUUUUACCAAGAGAAAUCAUCAAGAAAUCCUAGGUUUACUGCCCUGGCUACGAAAAAGAAGUCCAUUAUUCUUGAAUUUACAUACAGAUUUAAUUGUUGACAUUAUCAAAGAGUGUGAAUAUGAAAGAAUUGAGCGUGAUGAAGUCGUUAUAAAACAGGGUGAAAUAGGAGAUUGCUUUUUUAUUAUCCUUACUGGAACUGUCAGUAUCUAUAUUGACACUGCCAAAAGUGAAGAAGAUAGUAAUUUUUCUCCAACUAGGAGAACAAAUGUUGUGAAAAGAAGAUCAGCGAGAGCAGAUACAGGUCAUAGUGAGGUUUUUGACGAUGAAAAGGAAGACGAUUGGGAUAAUUCAAUAACAGAAUCAAGGAGUUCGCCUGUUUCACCAGAUAAACAGAAAUCACCAACGAGAAGAAGAGCAACUAAACAGCAACUUAGGCAGCGAAAAUAUUCUCUUGACAGAUCUAAAUAUGGAAAUUUCAUUUUACAAUUAGAUGCAGGAAAGAGCUUUGGUGAACUAGCUCUAAUUAACGAAGAUUCAUCAAGAAAUGCCACAGUUAUUACGGAUGAAACCUGUGACUUUUUGGUAGUGGAUAGAAGUCUUUACGAAAGAACUUUAAAAAAUCAUCAAGAGGCUGAACUAAAUGAUCGCAAAAAUUUUGUGAAUCACCACAUUCUCUUUAAAAAAUGGCCUCCUAGACUGAAAAAUCUCCUAAUUAUGUCCUUAAUAAAGGAAAUGUAUCAAUUUGAUUCCCUCUUGGUUCAACAAGGACAAAAAAUAAAUGGGUUGAUAUUCUUAAGGAGAGGAAAAGCAUUAAUAGAAUGCGAGCCUUUAAAGCACGAGAUUCAAUAUCCGAAUCAAAUUCCUUUUAUAACUACUGAAAAAGAAGCUAUAUUACAGCUAGACAUGAGGAGAAAAGUUAAAAAUAAUUGUAGCAAGUCUAUUAGGAACAAAAGAGUAGAAACUCGCAGGUUUGGAGGAUAUGCAUCAGCUGAACAACAAGAGCGAGAAAAAAAUGUCUGCCUAUGCCACGUAGGGGAAGGGGAGAUAAUUGGAGAUUUGGAAAUGGCAUGCGAUUUGUCAACUUAUGCUGUAACUGUGAAGAGCAAUGCCGCGACUGAUGCAUAUAUCCUAACAAAAAAUAAUGUUGAGAGGCUGUUUAACCGUAAAGCAGCAUCCGAUACUUUAAAAAUAUUAAGAGAACUUUUUUUUAAAAAACUAACUUCCCGAUUAAAAGGACCUAAAGCUGGAGAUAUUCCACUUUUGUCUCAUUUGUACUUUGUUCUCCAAACUCCUCCACCAAAGAGCCAUUCUCUUCCUGAGUUUGCAUUAGGCCAAAAGGCAAAAGCUAAAUUACCAGACGACGAAAUGCUUUUUUCUCAUCAGCUGCAACAAUACAGCAAAGGUCGAGCGGAAUUGUGCUUACCUAUUCUACACGAGUCGUAUUACUUAAAACAUUCUAUGCAAGAGCGAGCAAGAAUACGUAAGAGUGUACAAAAACAUAACUCGCAAGAAAUAAGAGCUAAAAGGCAUCGGAGAACUAUGCAGCCUCCCAAAGCUAGAAGUUUAAAAGCAUUAAGAAUGGCUUUAAAUGAGCAUGAAGAAAAGGCAAUUAAAAAACAGAGAGAAGAAAUAGUUGCUGAAAUUAAGCGUCAACGAGAUGAGGAAUUGAAAUACUUGUUCGAAAACGCAAUAAAGCAGAAAGAAAAUUUACCAAAAUUGCCAAAAUUUUAUAGACGACUUGAAGAGAAUAUAGACAACUUGAUAAAGAAAGAACCAUUACCCAGUAUACCAAUAGAGCCUAAAAUUGAUCAAGAUUUAUCAGCAUGUAUUGAAAAUUCAGAUACAAGCUUUCAGAGUGAAUCUAUGAUAUCGAAAUCAGAGAUAAGUGAGUUAAAGACUGGUGAUACACAAAUUAUUAUGAGAAAAGGUCCUCCUUACCUUAUGCCUAUUAAAGAAAAAACUGUAAUUUCGGAGUUUAAAGAGAAUGAUGAGAUAAAAAGCGAAGAAGAAUCUGAAAAAGACAUAGAGAUUCAAGAGCAACAAGAAUAUCAGAAAUUGAACAAUGACAAGCAAAAUAUUGAAAGACCUCUGUCCAAUGUUUUCCUUUGGAAGAAGUAUCGUAGUGUAGCCUCUCGACACCCUUCUUACAGAGACUGGGAAACAAGUGACAAAACAUUAUCAUUCUUGGAAGAUCGACUUCGGCAAUUUAGGACCCCAAAACAGAAAGUAACUUUCCUCCCAAAACUUAAAAGAUUCGAAACUAAUGACCACUUAACUGAAGAUCAGCCCAAACCUGGUGGAAGAGUACUUGUCAAGUCAACCAGAUGCCCAGAAGGAAAGUCUGAGCGAACUUUUGCUAAUCAUGAGCAUGUACGAUACAGCCUUGUUGAAACUCUUCCUAAUUAUCAAAAUUUGCAUAAAAACAAACUUUUACAACACAUGUUCAUGGAUAAAGCUAUAGAAUCGUACAAAAAAACUACUACGGGUGAAACUUCUAACCAAGUAGUGCUUCCUUAA